GCAUGGAGCAAGCUCAAGCAGUACUAGAACUGUGUCAUUUUUUUUUACCCUUUUUCUUUCUAGCUAACAAGUUUCAAGAUUUGGUUUCCAUUUUUUUUUAUCCCUUCUUUCACAAUCAAAUCAACCAAAUUAAAGAGCAGAAGGAAGGUAUUGAUUGCUUUGGAUGAUUCAAUGAUAUUUUGUUGCUUAAACUUGCUACCUUCCAGAAAAAACAUCCAUUUUCUUUCCCCCUCAACCUCAUCUCAGAAAAUUAAACGUUUUGGUUAUUUCUAUGAUUUCACUUCCUUCCUAUUAAAUACUUGAAAAUCUAGGAUAUACUUCUGGUUCAGGCAUUAAUGGCAGACCCCAUCUCUUUUUUCCUCUAAAAAGAUCCUCUUUUGGAGCCAUUUCUUGGCUGUUUCGCCUUUAACGGUGCACAUUUCCAGGGUAUGGUUCUUUAUUCGGAAGAAUGAUGAAGAGCAGGGAGACACAGGAUUUGAACUCGAUUACCCAUUUGGAUUUCCCCAAGAAAGCCAAAAACUUUAACCCUCUUGAGCCGUUUCUGGGUGUUCUUGGGUUCAUUUUGGUCACGUUCCUCUUCAUUGGUUGCUUCUUCUACUUUGACUACCGUGCCGUCCACUUCCGUGGGGUUCCAUGGCUUGGACUCGUUGGGGGUGGAUCAUCACCGUCAUUGUCAGCAGCACCGCAUGCGGCAGUGGUACAGCCACCAAUGGUGGCUGUGAACGUGAAUGGACGAACGGGGUUUCUUGAUGAAGGUGGUGAUAGUUGCGAUGUGUAUGAUGGGAACUGGGUUUGGGAUGAUGACUAUCCGUUGUAUCAGAGUCAAGAUUGUCCCUUUGUGGAUGACGGUUUCCGGUGUUUGGAAAAUGGGAGGCCGGAUGGUUUCUACACCAAGUGGCGUUGGCAACCUAAAGGUUGCGAUUUGCCCAGAUUUAAUGCAAGAAAGAUGUUGGAAAAGCUGAGAAACCGGCGGCUUGCAUUUAUAGGUGAUUCGAUUGGGAGGAACCAGUGGGAGUCUAUGCUCUGCAUGCUUGCCUCUGCUAUACCAAACAAAAAGUCUAUCUAUGAGAUAAAUGGGAGUCCAAUUACAAAGCACAAAGGGUUCUUAGUGUUCAGGUUUGAAGAUUAUAAUUGUACAAUUGAAUACUAUAGAGCUCCAUAUCUAGUGGUCCAGGGGAGCUCUCCACGUGGAUCUCCAAAAGGUGUUAACAUGACUUUGAGGCUGGAUCGUAUCUCCUGGACUCACCUUAUGUGGAAAGAUGCAGAUGUGCUGGUUUUCAACACUGGCCAUUGGUGGAGUUAUGAGAAGACAGUAGGACAUGGUUGUUAUUUCCAAGAAGGGACGAAGGUGAUGAUGGAUAUGGACAUUUUGACUGCUUUCCGGAGGUCAAUUGAAACAUUGAUGGAUUUUGUUGUUACUCGAGUUAAUACAAACAAGACCCAAGUUUACUUUCGAAGCUAUGCUCCCGUGCAUUUCAGAGGUGGAACCUGGAAAACUGGGGGACACUGUCACCAAUUAAAGCUGCCCGACUUUGGUCCAUUGCCUAACAAGACUGAGAAGCUUGUUGACAUAUUCUCAGACGUGUUGUCUAAGCAGUCAAUUCGGAUGCAAGUGAUGAACUUUAUGAAUGUGACACCCAUGACAUAUCGAAGACAGGAUGGCCACACAUCUCUAUACCAUUUUGGUCCAGGGAAUGGACCAGGUCCUCUUAACCACCAAGAUUGUAGCCACUGGUGUUUGCCUGGUGUCCCUGAUUCAUGGAAUGAGCUUCUUUAUGUGCUUUUCCUUAAACGGGAGUCCGUUCGGUUCACUGACAAAGUCCAACAGAACAUUCUCUAGCUCUGGCUAUGAUGCUAUACAAAGUUUAUUCAGUUACCAAAUUGAUACAAAGGAGUUCAGAUUCUAUGGGAAAUGGUCAACUUUCCUGACCAUGGUUUGCCAUAGCUUGAUCGGAAUACAACAUUCUGUCGCAAACUCAUUCUUUUCCUCUGGCUUUGUACACAAGGUCAGAGAAGAAUUAGUUCUCUUUGUGGGUAGAUAGGAAUCAUACCUCAUCGUAGAGUCCAUAUCACACACUUUGUAGGUAAAUUAUUGACCUGGAACUGAUGGAAGUUUCUUUGGAGUGGAUGAAAUUUGGAGAAAAUAAAAGAUGUCCCUGAAA